CUGGCUCCUGCCCACAGUUGAGUUCGGCCCCGAGCGGAGCAGUCGGGCCCGCACCGGUCGCUCCCUCGCGGCCUCUCCCCGCGCCCCGCGCCGCCGCUCUCCCCCCCCCGCCUCGCGGGGAGCGAACAUGCGACUCCGGCUCCCUGAGGAGGCCGCCGCCGGCGAGUGAGGAGCCGCCGCCCCGGCCCGGCCUGGCCCCGCCGCCCGCCCGCCCCGGCCGCAGCCGCCCCGCUUCGCCCAGGCAAUGACAGCGGCUCCGGCCCCCUCCCCGCAGCAGAUCAGGGACCGGCUGCUGCAGGCCAUCGACCCGCAGAGCAACAUCCAUAACAUGGUGGCAGUGCUGGAAGUGAUCUCCAGCCUGGAGAAAUACCCCAUUACCAAAGAGGCACUUGAGGAAACAAGGCUUGGGAGGCUCAUCAAUGAGGUGAGGAAGAAGACAUCCAAUGAGGAGCUUGCCAAACGUGCCAAGAAGCUGCUGCGGAAUUGGCAGAAGCUGAUAGAACCUGUAACCCAGAGCGACGCGGUGCCGCGGGGGCUGCCCAACCCGCCCGGCUCGGCGAACGGCGGCGCUCACAACUGCAAAGCAGAAGCGCAGCUUCCUGCCGUGCCCGGGUCGAAGCCCAUCAGCGAGUUGAAAAGCAGGAAUGAUAUCCAGAAACUAAACUCUCCCAAACCCGAGAAGUUAGGGAAUCGGAAACGGAAAGGUGAACACAGGGACGGGCAUCAGGGCCCUCCUCCCCCAAAAGUCUCCAAAGCUAGUCAUGAAGUAUUACAAAACUCUUCGCCCCCUCCAACCAAUGGAAUCGGGGGCAGUCCUGAGAAUUUCCCUAGCCCUGUAGAUGUAAACCUACACGCAGGGCCUGAAGGCAGUAGGACAGAACUCAGUGAAAACGAUAAACACAAUAAAAUCCCAGUAAACGCUGUAAAACCUCACACCAGUUCUCCAGGACUUGUAAAACCUUCAAGCACUUCCUCGUUAUUAAAGACUGCAGUGCUUCAGCAGCAUGAUAAAUCGGAAGAAGCCACAGGACCGCACCAGCCCAAGAGUCCUCGCUGUUCCUCCUUUAGCCCUAGAAAUGUCAGGCAUGAUGCUUUUGCUCGGCAGCAUACGACGUACUCACCAAAGGAUUCGAUGCCCAGUCCGUCUCAAAGGUCUCAGUUCUUAGACACUGCACAGGUGCCAUCGCCACCACCAUCCUUGAUGCAACCUUCAACACCUCCCUUGCCAGCGAAAAGACUGGAGUUCUCUCAGCAGGCGGUAGCUGAGGUGUCUCAGCACUGGCCGGAGCAGCAGGUACCUUCGGAAAGCCAGCACAGGCACCCAGCAGGGACCCUCCAACAGCACACAGCUCCCAGCUGCAAAACCAGCUCCCAGCCUGGGGAAUCUCUCACGCCACACACAGGCUUUUCACAGGACACUUCCAAAAUGGACAGCGAUGAUGCUGCUUCGGGUUCCGAUAGCAAAAAGAAGAAAAGGUACCGACCCAGAGACUAUACUGUCAACUUGGAUGGGCACGUGACAGAAGGGGGUGUGAAACCGGUGAGGUUAAAAGAGAGAAAGCUCACUUUUGAUCCCAUGACAGGACAGAUAAAACCUUUAACACAGAAAGAUCCUUUGCAGGUAGAAAUCCCCGCGCUUACCGAGCAGCACAGGACAGACACGGAAAAGCAGGAGCAAAAACCCAACCUGCAAAGCCCUUUUGAACAAACGAACUGGAAAGAGUUGUCCAGAAACGAAAUCAUUCAGUCAUAUUUAAACAGACAGAGUAGCUUGCUGUCUUCAUCAGGAGUACAGACUCCAGGAGCUCACUACUUCAUGUCUGAGUAUUUAAAGCAGGAGGAAAGCACUAGAAAAGAGGCUAGAAAGACUCAUGUUCUAGCUCCUAACAGCAAACCUACAGACUUGCCUGGGGUCACAAGGGAGGUCACAAGCGAUGACCUCGACAGAAUAUGUGAACAUCAGUGGCCAGGCGUGAACGGUUGUUACGACACACAGGGUAACUGGUAUGAUUGGACACAGUGCAUAUCUUUAGAUCCACACGGGGAUGAUGGUAGAUUGAACAUCCUGCCUUACGUCUGCCUAGACUGAGCUCCAGGUUUGCUAAACACAAUGCUUGUUACAUCUGCAGUUAGCAAAACCGGCAGGCGCGAUGCCACUUCCACAUGGAGAAAGCUCCUGUCCUGGACAACCAGGCCCAACGAGCAGAGGGUGGGAGGGAGCUGGCUCGCUCCAGCUCUGUCCUUUCAAUUCUCCUUUUGUGAAAUGCUGCUACCAGUUUACUAACAAUUGCAAAGGAAGGCAUACGAAGGUUGAUCCAUUGAGUUCCAAACUCCUUAUAGCAAGCCAGCUAUAAAAAAAGUGUUAGUCCCCGAGAAGGAAGAGGAUUUCCAGCACUUUCUGAAUGCCGGAAUCUGAUUACAGGCAGGUACAGAGAAAAUUGUGGAAGUUACCUUAACAAAAAUAUGCAUCUAUUUAUUUGACUUGAUUUGGGGUUUUAUUUGGCAGUGAGAUAUUGGAGAGACAAUGUGCAAACCCUGUAGUUUUAUUUGUCACAUCUCUGAACAUGAUUGCGUUUGGGGGGGGGGCGGGGGGGGGGGUUUGGUUUUUCCAAGUCAUGUGGUACGGAGAUUGGGUUUUAAACAGCCGGUGUUGCACUGCAGGCUGGGAGCCCAGCUUCAGCUCAACAUUCCAUAGGCAUCCACAUAUUUUAGUCUGGUUUCAGUUUAAAUCCAGUCUCUGAGAAAUGCUGCAAAAAACAAAACAAAACAACCUAGAUGUUGAAUGAUAUUUUUGAUCCCACCACCUCCAGCCAAAUAUUUUUCCUCCUUUUCCCUUCCUGCAAACUUCCAGGAAAAAGAGAAAAAAAAAAAAACACAAAAAAAGCAAAAAAAAAAAAAUUAAAAAAAAUUAACAAAAA